AUGAUAGGUCCCUACAAACAUUGGGAUUGUGAGAUGUUUGCGGGGACGUUAAGAUGUCUCGUUAAGGACCAGCUCCCAGAUCCUGAAAUGUUGGGUUUGCCCCUCGCCACGUCUUCUCACAAGACUUUCAGGAUCAAGCGAUUGUUGGCCAAGAAACAAAUGCAGAAUCAUCCCAUUCCCCAAUGGAUUCGAAUGAAAAUUGGUAAUAAAAUCAGGUACAGCUCCAAGAGAAGACGUUGGAGAAGAACCAAGCUGGGUCUCUAAGGAGCCCCCCACGUGAGAUGGCACACGUAUUUACAUUGUGUUAGGGUCACUUACGUCUUACCAUGUCACUCUGAAAGCAUCACUGCUAUCUGAAUGGCUGGAUGUGUUUAAUUGGGAAAAUGAUUUUUCUCUUUUUGUUAGUGUUUCUGCACGAGUGCUUUGGCUCAGUAAUAAAUAUGUAAGACCUUUCGUUGGGAAAAAAAAUAGUGUAGGAGGCAGGCAGCAACAGUUUU